GUAAAUUCUUUGUAAACGUAAAAAAGCAAGUAGAGCCAGAAAAAUAAAGUCUAAUUCCGAAUAAAUCAUGCCCGAUAUUGUUCCCAGCGCGUCCUCCUCCUCGAAGGCUGUGAAGCCGAAGGAGCAGUUCAUAGGGACGACAUCAUCCGCAAGUGCUGGCUCGGCCUCGAAGCAGAAGAAAGGGCUGAAACCCGCUGCCAGCAAGUCCGUUCAAUCACGAGAUGACAAGAAGGCUCGACGUCACCAGCAGGAGGAUGACAAAGGGAAGAAGAGCACGAAAAAUUAUAGACCCCCGCCGGCGCCGCGGCUGGACGAAACAAAAUCAAAAGUAAAGGUCCAGCCUUCUUCGCAACCAAACAAGAACUCUCCCGCCCCUCGACUGCCGACGACCAAGCCGCUCCUCCCACCUUGUCUCGAGGAGUUGCGCACCACAAAAAACCACUUGCAACCGGUGGACGCCGAUCGAAUCGACGAUCCAAAUCUGAAGCUCGACGCGGCCGGGGUGCCGGUGGUGCUGAAAAGCUUGAGGGAGACGAGGAGCAACGACAAAAAUCACAAUCAGGGUAGGUCAUCUAAUAUUUGCGGUACUAGUUCUGCGGAUAAUUCAUCUACUGCGAACAAAUUUUUAUCCGCUAAGCAACGGCGGCACCUCACCGUCUUGAGCAAAAAUCUAGGGCCGUUGGACCACGAUCGAAGGCGGCUGAUCAAGCAGUGGACCGCGGUUCUGUUCCCGCUGGUAGAGGUGGACGAAGGGAACAUAAAGAAGCAGAAUGAUUCGCAUGCACAACAAGCCACGUCCACCUUGUUAACAACUGCGUCGUCCGACGUGAAGAAUGCAGCGGGUGGGGGACAGCGACAGCC